UUUCUAUCGUUCUGUAUCUACAUCGCACAGAUCCAUCCCAUUCACCAUGCCUGACUUCGGCCACAAGAUUCUCAACAAGCUGGGUCUUCACGACCAUCACGACCAACACGACCAACAGCAGCAACCCCCGCAGCAGCAACAGUAUUACCCUCCGCAGCAGCAGUAUUACCCUCCGCAGCAGCAAUACCCCGGUCAGCAGCAGUAUGACCAGCAGCAAUACGGCCAGUACAACCAGCAGCAGUACAAUCAGCAGCAAUACGGCCACUAUAACCAGCAGCAACACCAAUACAACCAACAACAAUAUGGCCAGCAGCAGCAGCCAAUGGGCUACCCAGGUCAAGACCGCGGCCACAGCCACCCCCGCCCUAACUGCCACGUCCACCACGACCAGCGCGCUCUCUCCAAUGGCAACGGGGGCACCUACCCCCGUCUAGCCCGCCUCUCAGACGGCUCCCUCCUUUCCUCCUUCACCCGCUUCCCUGGAGACGGCGCACGCGUACUCGUUGUCGCCCGCAGUACUGACGGCCACAAUUUCGAGGACAUCGGUGAAGUCACCCGCGGUACGGGGGACACAGACAACCUCUUCCUCUUGGAGGUGGCCCCCUCUGUUGUGCUAGGGGCAUUCCGAAACCACGACCACGACCCCUCCGGCCGCGUCACCCACUUCCGCAUCACCGUCUGCCGCUCCCAUGACGGCGGCCGUACCUGGCAGUUCGCCUCGCAGGCGGCCGAGAAGUCCGGUGCCGACGGGUUGGGUAUCUGGGAGCCGUUCAUGCGCAUGGGCAGCGGGGGCGAGGUGCAGCUCACCUACUCGCAGGAGUUUGCCCCGAACAACCAGUGCACGAUGCUGGUGACGUCGACCGACCAGGGCAGCACCUGGUCGGAACCCCGGUGCUUGCAUGGGAAGGAUGACCACCGACGUGAUGGAAUGAACGGCAUCGCGCGGACCUUCGAUGCCGACCUCGGAAAGGAGGUCCUGGUCAUGGUGUUCGAGACCAACACCAAGGGGCCCAUGCAGAUUGAGGCCCUUAUCUCGGACGACGAUGGGGAGAGCUGGGGCCGUCGGCAUGUCGUGUAUUCGCCCCACGACGGGCACAGGCAUAACGCCGGCGCGCCGCAGAUCGCUCCCUUUGCGGAUGGGUCGCUGGCGGUCGUGUUCAUGACCGAUGAGGACCACGACCAGGUCGACUGGGUCAAGAAUGCGUCGAUCAAGGCGGUGUUUGCGCCGCCCCCGCGGGGAGGCGAGAUCCGUUGGGAUCAGACCUCGACAUCGAUCUGUGCUGAUUCGAGCCACUGGCCCGGUGUGUUCGCCCUGGAUGGACACACGCUUCUGGCGACAUAUGAGUGCAAGGGGCCCAAGGCGAGGGCUAUCUCGCUGCAGUGAGAUCUCCUGUGCUUAGUAUUUUUCCCGGAUGGUUUGUUUUGGUUAUCUUCUUUGGGUGAUCAUCAAUGGCUGGCCCAUUGUGUCAAUUUUGUGUUAUGUGUGGGGAUAGGGCAAAUCUAGUGCAUGUUUUAACAUCGUCAUCUUGCAAAAAUGUUUCAUGAAUACCAUUGAUGACAUUGAGAGAUCAAGUCUCGACUACCGCAUCCUUGAGCUUCGAAGAUUGCACACACCCGGGACCAUUUAAGUCUCCCAAUCCAGAGUAGAUUUGAGCUUUGAAAUGAC